AUAAAUUUAACUAUAAUUUUUUUUUUUAUUACUAUAAUUCUUAUAUUAAUUAUUAUAAUAUUAAUUAUUAUAAUUGGUAAAAAAAGUAUUAUUGAAUACCAAAAAUCAACUCCAUUUGAAUGUGGGUUUAAUCCAAUUUCUCAUAAACGAUUACCAUUUUCCAUUCAUUUUUUCUUAAUUGCUGUUUUAUUUUUAAUUUUUGACAUUGAAAUCAUCAUCAUUUUACCUAUAAUUUUAACUAUAUAUAAUGUAAAUAUAAUAACAUGACUAUUAACUUCAAUUAUAUUCACUUUAAUUUUAAUAAUUGGUUUAUACCAUGAAUGAUAUAAUGGAAUAUUAAAUUGAGCUAAAUAG